CUGCCCUUCUUCUUCUUCCCAGGCUGGUGAUUUGAUCCUCUAGAAGCAGCAGCCCAAGGACCUUGGCUGGCUCUCUGCAGUGUCCUCUGCCCAGCAGGGCCAUGGAGGAGGAGGAGAUGUUGAAGAAGAAGACUCAGGAGUGGUACCCAGAGAAAGGACCCAGAGGGAACUCUUGGCUCAGCCAGGAAGAGGGAGGAGCAAAGUCCCAAGAGAAAGAGGGCAGGAUCCCAUCAGGGGACCCCUUGGGCAAAGAGAAUGCCCCUACCAAACUGCCAAAUGGGUGCCAAAGAGGAAGACCUUCUGAUGAGGAAGAGGAGGAAGAGGUUUCAGAAGAAGAUGGAAGGCCCACCCAGGCUUACACAGGUGAAGAUGGAAGCUCACCUUUCCGAGGAGAAGAGUUGGCCCUAUCCAGAAGGCCGGCCAAGGAGGGGACUAAAAAAAGGAGUGGUACCCAGUGUGAAGAGUCCCUGAUGGGGGAGCUCUCAGAGAUGGUGCAACGUGUGGUGAGGAGCAGCAGCUGGUGGGAGAGGCAUGGCCUGGAUGGCAUCAUUCUUGCCCUCAACUUUCUCAGCUUGCCCAUAGGGUUCCUGUUUCUGCGUUCUGAUCAUCUUUUUGCUUUCCUGUUGGGUGUUGUCAUCCUGGGUGUAGCACACCACACCAUCACUGUGAAGGGCAGCCACAUGGCCAGCCACAGUGCUCUGGCGGAGUCCAAGACAUGGGGAAAACUGUGGGCUAUCUUCUUCAUUGAGGUUUGCUCCUCUUUCACAGCAGAACAGGGGACCUACAACCAUGUGAAAAUGCACCACGGUUACACAAACGUUAUUGGUCUGGGUGACUCCAGUACAUGGAAGCUUCCCUUCCUUAACCGCUACAUUUACAUGUACAUUGCACCUCUUGCUGUACCUAUUAUCACCCCUUUAGUGGCCAUUGGCUUGCUGAAAGAAGUUGAAUGGAAAACAGCCAUCCGGACUCUCUGUUGUAUGUUUGUUGGCCUGUACUCCCAUUACUGGCUGCUUCUUAAUAUCUCAGGGUUCCAGUCAUUGUGGUCUGCUCUCUGUUGCAUGCUGAUCACACGAUCUCUCCUUGCCCAUCCUUACAUCCAUGUUAAUAUCUUCCAGCAUAUUGGCCUCCCAAUGUUUUCUGCUGAUAAGAAGCCAAAACGGAUUCAUAUGAUGACCCUUGGAGUUCUGAACUUGCCUCGAAAUCCCCUCUUGGACUGGUCCUUUGGGCACUCACUCAUCAGCUGUCAUGUGGAGCACCAUCUUUUUCCAACGCUGUCAGAUAAUAUGUGCCUGAAGAUCAAGCCAGUUGUUUCUCAGUAUUUGAAAGAGAAGAAAUUGCCAUAUAAUGAAGAUUCUUAUCGGUCUCGCCUGAAGUUGUUCCUGGACAAAUAUGAAGAACUGAUGGUCCAUGCACCACCCAUUUCUGAACUUGUUGGGAUUCAGUGAUUACACUUUUAGGAUACAAAACAUUAUAGCUGUAAGCCAAAUGUGUCCUUUCCCAGGAUCAAGAAACUUAGAAGUCAGGUUAGGGCCUGAUCCAGCCAUUAAGGAGGAAACCAGAUGUCUUUUAAUGUCUUCUACGCGGACAACUAGAAAUUCACCUGUUCAAUUAUGGUUUAAAAAGAAACAAAAAUCAAUAGCUCUUCCAAAGCAAUAGGAUCAAAAUAGAAAUGGAAAUGUUAAUAUCUUCACCCCUCCUCCAACCAGCACUUCAUUUUAACUUUAAUGUUUACAUCAUCUUUGAUGCAUCCUUUCCAUUCUCCUACUUUACAAUUCAGGGAGAAAAUAAUAAGGGCUGUUUCCUAUGUUAUUUCCCCCUCCCUUAGGCAAAGAUGAUUGCCAUGCAGGGACAUACUUGCAUACCAUAUAGGUGCUUCCAGAUGGCCUCUCUGAGUACUACUAAUCAAAAGGAAUGAUACAGCUAGCUAUUCUCUCUUUCCAUCCUUAAUGGAUUUUGUGUGAUCAGAAAAAAAUAUGAAAACGAUGAGAAAACAUAGGAAAGAUAGCAAUGAAAGAAAGCAGCACCUGAACCAAGCUGUAGAACUGUAUCCAGGAGACAGGGCAAUUGCACCAUAAAAUAUUUGCAGAGCUGAAUGGAGGAGCCCCCCCCCCAAAUCUUGGUUGUAUGGCUCAGAUAGCCAGCAGCAGAUCAGACAGAUGCUGACUGAUCUCCAAAUCCAUUGUGUAGGGUUGGACAAUAUGUAGCCCUCCAGAUGCUACUGGACCACAGUUACAAUCACUAUUACCACUGGCUAUUCUAGCGAGGAUUGAUGAAACAUUCAGUCCAGCAAUGUCUGGGGGACCACACGUUGCCUGCUUCUGCUGCAGUGGACAAAAUUAGCACCCUGUCUUCCAUGUACUGUAUUACAGUAUAAAUCUGUUCCUACCAUACAGGCCAUCAUUGUAAGAGGGAAAGAAAUAUGAACAGGCCAAAGCCUUUUGCAAAAGCAUACAAGGUAACUCAGGGACUUUAUGUUAAACUGAGCUAGACUUCUGUGUUAAGUCAAGCCUUCAUUCUUGAACCCUGGGAAAGAGGUACUUCUUUGUGGGAGUUUCAAACCUUUCCUCAUAGACAGAUUUCCCCUGCCGUUAAAAAGAAAAUUUUGCUUGAGCAAACUAUGACAGCAUUAGAACCAAGAAAAUGGAACAAGGGUCUUCUAUUAAAGACUGCUGCUGUUGAAAUUAACAGCUUGCUAGGCUAGGGAGAAGGAAUAUACAAUAUUAUUAUAUUCCUCAAUGCCAGCCCUGCUGUCACACUCUAAGAUUUUAUGUCAAGUGAACCAAGAUGCUGCUGAUAAAACUGGAAAUGGAAAUGUACAGUACUUCUAUCCAUUGCAAAAAGCUUUUAUACCUCUGAAUGCUUGUUUUUGAAAGAAUCGGAAAUAUUAGGAAGAACUGUGGUGAUAGAGGCACAGCAACAAGAGAAGGUGAAGGUAGUAGAGAGAUAGGCUAUGCAGGAGAUACAAAGGGAGCCAGGAAUCAGGAUACUGAAACCUAACCCUGUGAUUGUGACUAGAGCCCACCCAGUCCAGCUGUAUUGUCUCUAAACCAUAACCAAUGUUCCAUUCUGGACCACUUGGCACAGCUACAUUUUACAUGAGGGGGAUGAAGAGUACAUCAGUACUAGGAGACUGGAAAUUGAGGUGCAAUGUAGUGUAUGCAUGUGCAGGAGUGAUUUUUAUAGUGUUCAACACAAUCCUGCUUCACCUUAGUAAAACUGAAGAAAAAGAUGUCAUGGAAAGUACAAACUAAGUUGUUGUUGGGAUUCACCGUGCUAUUGAAAAUGCAGUGCAUUUCUGCUGGAUAAAUCUUUGCAGCUACAAUUUAUUUAAGAUGUAUACCUUAACUUUUUGAUGAAAUAUUUUUGAGGCAGCUUAUAUAAUGUACCUAACCAACUAUACAGCAAUAAAAACAAGCAAAUUAAAUAAUACCACAUUCAAACAGUAGCAUAGUCUACUACUGUUCAAUCCAUGUUCAUUUGUUAAGUGUCAAUUAACCAUCUAGUUUAAAAUCAGCACAAAACCUAGGAAAAUUUAAGUCAUACUUACUUUGACAAACUUUGAGAAAAUUAAGUCAUGUUUACUUACAAUGCCAUCAGUUUGGUGCCAGGCUUUUCAGUUUAUGCUUGCUUAACUGUGGUUUUACAUUACACAUAUAAUAAUGCAAAUCAAGUUCCUCUAAACUCUGCCUUUAAUCCAUGCUUUUCUUGGGAUGAA